AUUUUGAGAAUUUGAUUGUCUUAGUUCACAAUUCCCUAAUUCCUAAUUCUUCUCCACCAAACCCUCACAGAACACAUUGAUUCUGCACCACCUCCGAAUACUGCUUCGCACGAGCUCGCCGCCACGAGCACAUCUCUGCUCUUACAGGUUCACGCUUCCACCUCGGCCAACAAGAACCUCCACGCGCACCAAUCGCCGCUGCCACAACUACUUCUCAUCUCCGACGAAGCUAUCGUUACUGGACCUUGAAUACUGAUUGAGGGUGAAAGUGAAGUAAUUGAAAUGACAAGCUACAUGUGGAGAAAAUAUGCAGAUUAUUUGUACACAAAGUGGGAAAAAACCUUUCUUUGGGAUAUGGUAGAGCCUUACAGAAGGCCCAAAUCAUUUACUCCAUUGGUCACUAUUUACGUCGCGGCUUUCUACUCUGGAGUCAUUGGUGCUGCCAUUACUGAACAACUCUACAAGGAAAAGUACUGGGAAGAGCACCCUGGGAAAGUAGUUCCUCUCAUGAGACCAAAGUUUUAUUGGGGUCCCUGGAGGAUCAUGGGCGGUGAUGUUCCUAAAUUUGAAUGAAAAGCUCUGAAGGUUAAUUAGGAACUAUGUGUGGGCUCUUCAAAUGGGUCAGCCUGAGUAGUAUGUAUGAAGUCUUCUAUUCGAACCUCAAUAUCAUUAUACAUAAAAAGGUACUAUUUGUUGGUUUAUGGGAUUAUUGGUUAUCAACGGCAAUCCUCUGAAUGUACAUGAGCUGAACAUUGAUUUGAACUGUUGCCAAUCAAAUUAUUUUGUUUCACUUUCAUAUUUAUCAAUGUUUCUUCUUGCAAACCCAAUUUAUUUAAAUUAGUCUAACGUGGCGUUAUGAUGGAUUCGGUUAUGAUGUCAGGAUAUAAGUAUAUAAUUGAUUCAUGUUAAUUGAACUGAUCUAUUUCCUUUUAAAAAGUAAUGCAUUAUUGUUGUUAGUAGGAUAUUAGGUGAUUCUAGAGAUCUCUUUAUUAUUACUAUUAGAGGGUUAGAGUACUCUAUACACAGAGAGAUGAAUAACUGUUUAAAAAAAAAAAUUCUUUGAAAUUAAUCUUUUCAAGUUGGUAUCACAGCUCCUCAACUUGUGAGUCCUGUUUUCCAUUUCUUUUUUAUUGUCUUCGUUAUAGUACCUUUCAAGGUUGUUUAAAGUGCACUCAUUUCCUUUAAUUGUUGGGGUUGCUUGAAGUACACUCUUCUAUCACUACUAUUGUUUUUGUUUUAUUUAGGAGGGGUUAAAGAAUUCCUAUUAUUUAUUUUAGCAUGACAAUUCCACUAAGUAAUGCUCAUCUUCCAACUAUAGACUCUGAAAAUCUUGCCAAAUCUGAAAUUGAACGUCUAAAAUUUAUCGUGGAGUUUAUCAACAAGUCACCUUUUGGUACUUGUUCUCUAACCAUGAUUGUUAAGAACUUCAAUUCCUCUUUUAAUGUUUCUAAAACUUUAUGUAGGGACUCUUGGAUUCUAGACUAUGGUACACAAAUCAUAUGAUCCUUCAUUUAUUUCUUUUAACAUCAUAUGUUUAUCUUUAUGGUAACAAACAUUAUUAUUGCUAAUGAGACUCUUAUCCCAAUAAAUAGAUGUGGUAAUUUUCUCUUUUGCCAUCCUUCAUCCUUAAAAUGUUUUGUGUUUCAAAACUUUAUAAUAAUCUUAUUUUUGUUCACAAACAUACCCAUGACCUAAAUUAUUAUGUAUUCUUCGUUCUCACUCGUGUUUUUCAUGACCUUGGUAUGUGGAGGAUGAUUGGAAUUGUUAAGGAAUAAGGAGGGUUGUAUUGCUUUUAACAACUUGGGAAUUAAGGAUAGUAUUAGUACACAAAGGGGCAUUUCUUAUCUCUUUGCAUUACUUUUAAGUCUUUUCAAAUUUGGCUUUUCCUAGGACAUCUAUUAUUUUUUGUUCUAAAGUUUAUGUUCACUUCCCUUCCUUAUUUUUCAAAAAGUUUAAUUCCUUUAAAUAUGAUGUAUGUCAAUGUGCAAAGCACUUUCGGGUCACAUAUCCUCCUUAAUAUUAUCGAAAAUCUAUUAUGUUGGUGUUAUGGCGGAAAUCAAUGGCAGGUUUACAACAUGUCAUCUCAAUGUAAUAAUGGUGAUGUGGGUUUGUCAUGGAUGUGGUUUUGUAUCAUGGAAUGCUGGUAUGAAAUGGAGAUGAUGGAGAAGACAUAGAGGCACACAACUCCCAUCUGAAAACAAAGGAGGCAGAUGUGUAGCAAUGCAUAAGUGAAACCCUAAUGUUCUCUUUGUUAGUCUUAUGUUGGUUUAUCAGGGCAACUAAUCAUUUUGUUAAAAGUUGGGCCAUACUCGGCCCAAUACAAAAAUAUAAGUUAACCUAAUACUCUAAUACUUUAAUACCAUAGGAUUAGAGUUCUCUAUAUAGGAUUAAAAACAAAUGUUCUUUCUUUCAAAUUAAUCUUUUCUAGUAUUUUUCUUCAA